AUGGGUUUCAUUUACAAUGCAAUGGAUUGUGCCAAAGAACAAAUACCUGCCAAUUUUAAUAAUGUGAAGAGAAAGUUUCAGUCAAUAUUGAAUAUCAUAGAUGAAAGAUGGGAACUUCAGCUACACAGGCCAUUACAUGCUGCUGCUUAUUUUCUUAAUCCACAAUACCAAUAUAGCCUAGAUUUUAAAGUAAGUAUGGAGUUGAAACUUACUCUCUAUCAGUGCUUGGAUAGGUUGGUUACUUCUCAAAGUGAUAGAGAUAAGAUAGAUAUUCAAAUUAAGGACUUCAAAAAUGCAAAAGGGUUAUUUGGUAUUAAUGCUGCGAUAAUAGCAAGGGACAAAAAAACACCUGCAUCAUGGUGGGAUUCUUAUGGUGAUGAGUGCCCUGAAUUACAGAAGUUUGCCAUUAGAGCUCUUAGUUUGACUUGUAGCUCAUCUGGAUGUGAACAUAAUUGGAGUGCAUUUGAGAUGAUGAUCAACAGGAAGUCAAAGAAAGAAGAGCCAUUUACCAUUGAUGACCUCUCAUCAGAUGAUGAAUGGAUAACUAAGGAAAAUGAUCACAUAGAUGGAGAGGAUGGAGAGGAUGGAGAGGAUUUGGAUCAAAUCAAUGAAGCUGAUGGUCAUGAUGUGGAGCCAAUCCAUCUAGUUGAUGAAGAAGGGAGUGGAAAUGUUGCAGGUGGUGCUGAUGAUAUUACUAGUAUUGUUCAUCAUGUUAAUGAUGAUAGUGAUGGUGACAAUGAUAGUGACGGAAGUGAUGAUUUGCACUUGUCUAUGGAUGAUUUAUAUUAA